AUGAGUGAAACAAGUGAGUUAUUAGAAACCUCUACGGAUGACUCGGUGCAACGACCACCAAGACCACCUGGUCCUGCAUUAGGACCCUACUAUCAGUUUAUCACAACAGAUUUAAAAAGUAUGCAAUGGAUUGGAAGUGCUUUAAUAUUUCGGCAUGUUUCAUGUGCUCGACCAUCGAUUGAAUUCAACGCAAAAGCUGCCGUUACUUACGAUUGGGAAGUUUUAUACGAAAAUUUAUUUGAUAUGCGAGCUUAUCGAGUCAAUAUCAGUAUUGAAUUACAUAGAGGCAAAUAUGACGAAAAAGUCAAUUGGGAAGUUGAUUGGGGUGAUUAUACAACAAAUGGAACAUUUCGCAUUGCUCAGUAUGAUCAAAAAUGGCGCGGUGCAUUUUUUUCCUGUAAUGGUUUUGAUGCUACUAUUUCGAAGGAGGUGGCACUGGGCUUAACUUACAAUGCUGUAUGGGACGAUCUACUUUCUAUUCAUGAAAUCAAUCCGUUUCAUCUUCUAGUUUGGGGCGGUGAUCAAGUCUAUAAUGAUUUCGUUCUUGAAGAUAUUCCCUUUCUUCAAAAUUGGUCUCGUAUGGAAUGGGAUGAAAAAUGGAAAUUUUCAAUUACAAAAGAAGCAGCACAAGAAAUCGAACAAUACUAUUUUAAUAACUAUACUGAACAUUGGGAACGCCGGCCAGAAAUGAAGCAAGCACUAGGAUCGGUUCCAAGUCUUAUGAUGUGGGAUGAUCAUGACAUUUUCGAUGGUGCUGGAUCUUAUCCACCGUUAUUGAAUGACAGUCCAGUCAUGACAGAAUUAUUUCGCAUGGCACAAAAAAUGCGACUUCUCUUUCAGCAUCAUACAACGCCGAGCAAAGCUCGACAACAUCGAUUAUUCGGGUAUCAGGGUCACAAUUUUCUUGCUCAGUGCGGCCCAAAUUUAGCCUUGUUGGGUACGGAUGGUCGUUCGGAACGCAGCAAUCAAACAGUUGCACAUGAAAAUUCAUGGAAUAUGAUCUUCGAAAAAUUGGAUAAUGAACUAGAAAAUGUCCAACAUUUGAUUGUUUUAGUAGCUGUUCCAUUUUCAUUUCCACGUUUUCGACUGGCUGAAUCAUUGCUUGACACAUGGAAAAAAGUGGUUAUGCGAUGGCGAAAUAUUCCAUUUAGUCAACAGACAAAUUCCGUGUUUGGAUUACCUGAACUCUAUGAUGAUCUACUAGAUGAAUGGACACACGAAGCGCAUAUUGAAGAGCGAAACCGUAUUCUUGCUCGUCUUCAAGAAUUUUCUGAAAAGAAAAGAACACGAGUAACAUUGUUCAGUGGUGAUGUUCAUUGCUGUGGUGUCGCUCGGUUUCGAACCAAAAGACAUGCUACACCACCUCUUCAUGAUUCCAAAUUGAUGUAUCAAAUAAUUUCAUCUGCCAUUGUCAAUAGUCCACCACCAAGAAUAGUUAUUCGUGCUGCACAUCUAUUUAGUACUACAUGGUAUCCGAUUGUUAAAACCGAAGAAGCGCUGAUUGAAUUUUUUAAUCAAGCACCUGAAUAUGGAGCAAAAUUGUUUCUACGAAAAUUGCUUCCAAAUCGAAAUUGGUGUUAUUUUGAACAGUGUGAAAUGAUGGAUUGGACUCCUCAAGAUAGUGUUGCUAACAGUGGUUUUUUGGACUCUUAUUUUUGGUCCAUUGUUGAUUAUCUUCUAGUAUUGAUUGGUUUGAGCACGAUUGUCAGUUGGAAAAAUAAAAGAACUAAGAAGAAAGUAGCACUAAACAGCAAAAGCAAAUUGUCGUCAACGUCUCGUUCGCAAAAUCAACCUAAACGAGAAAUCAACAAUUUAAAGGUGCAAUUUUGGUUGGAAAACACGGAGAAAAGUAAUGGCGUAGUACCUUUUUCAAAUUAUGAUUUAUUUAUUCCGGAUUUGCAAUAA